UGGCAAAAUAUCAAGUAGUCAUAAAGCUUGUUUUUCUCCAUAUCAAGAUAAUAUAAUAUUAGACUUGCAGAAAAUUGUUCAAUAAUCUCUUAAGAUGGGUGCAAAGCAAUCAAUUAAGAAUCCAAAAGAUAGAGAGCGAACGUCUGUGAGGACAGAAGAACCAAGUAAGCUAAGACCAGAAAGAAGCAAAACUGAUGUCAAUUAUAAUGCAGAAACAACAAAUAUAAGAGUCCAGCCUCCAUGUAUAAGACCUCAGCUUCCAUAUUAUCUGAAUAAGAUCUUGAAAGAAGCAGACUCUCUGUUGGAGAUUGAUAGAUUGUCCACGGAGCGACUAUAUGGACAGCUAUAUAAUGGAGUCUACCUCAAACAGAAUAAGAAGAAGUACUGGAUUGACAGAACGAAUAACGCAAACUGCUUUAUGCUAUAUGCAAAAGAUCUCUCAAUCACAUGGGGAGAAGACAAUCGUUACUGGAAUUGGGUAGAAAUAAAAGAGACAAGCGAUGAAAAAAUUUUAGCAGCAGAACUAAAAAGUGUGCGUUGGCUGGAAGUUUGUGGGAGGUUUGAUACAGAAGCACUUACGCCAGAAAAAUUGUACGAGGUUGUGUUUGUGGUGAAGAUAAAAGAAUAUGCAGAUGGACUGGAAUCAAUUACAUUGAGGCUUAUCAUCCCAAAUAAGUCGAGCAAAGAUGUUACAGUAAAUCUGAUGAAUGUAACAGCAAGAGAACAAUGGAUAGAAGUGCCAGUAGGUGAGUUAUUCACGAUCAGUGAGCUUAAGAGGAAGAAGAAGAGGGAAGAGAUUGAGAUUUUUCUAUAUGAAACCGAGAAACUGAAUUGUAAACAGGGUUUAGUCAUCAAAGGUAUUGUUAUUCGUCCCAAAGUGUCCAACAUCAAGUAUCGACUUUUGGCGUCGAAGGUUUAUCCUUGUAGCAAAAGUUCAAGACCACCUAUUUCCAAGUUAGGCCUUCCAGAAUACAUACACCAGCAUCCACAAAGAGUUCUUCUCAUAGAAAUGGGGUCAGGGUUGUCACAAGAUCAGGAUUUACAACAAAAUCAAGAACUAAGCAAUGCUUCUCCUCAAGGCCACCAUAGUGAUGCUGCCGUACUCAAUGAAGAACCAAGAAAGAUUAUGCCACAGAGCAGCAAGAGUACUAAGACUAACAAGACAAUGGAAGCCGCUAGAGUACUCAGAUUUCCACAUAAUUAUGAAGAAAUCCUAAAAGAGGCAGAUUCUUCAGUUGACAGAUCCUCCAUGGACAAACUAUAUGACCAGCUAUAUACGGGAGUAUUUCUGAACCAAAAGCGCAAGAAAUACUGGGUCGAUAAGAAGUCAUAUGGCAACUGCUUCAUGUUGUAUGCAAGAGAUCUCUUGAUCACUUGGGCAGAAAACAACCGUUUCUGGCACUGGCCCUUGGUACAAGAGUCAAGUGAUGUCCUUCUUCCAGCAGCAGAACUACUAGAUGUUUGCUGGCUAGAAAUCCAUGGAAGAUUCAAUACAACUAAGCUGUCGCCAGGGCUCAUUUAUGAGGUUGUCUUCAUUGUCAUGUUAAAGGAUCCUGCUUAUGGAUGGGAAAAUCCAGUGAAUCUUCGACUCAUACUCCCAGAUGGUAGCAGACAAGGACAUACCGAGAAUAUGGUGGAAAAACGACGAGAAAAAUGGAUAGAAAUUCCAGCAGGAGAGUUCAUGACUUCAGCAGAUCAAAAGAAUGGAGAAAUAGAGUUCUCUCUAUAUGAAUAUGAAGGUGGGAACUGGAAGAAGGGGCUUGUCAUUAAAGGUGCUGUCCUCCGUCCAAAAGCCUGAGUUCUAUGGCAUAUGAUACGAAUUUAGCAUGCAACUGCAGUUUCUUUUAGCUUUUUCACCCUAAUGUUUACAAUGAUGAGCAUUGAACUAGCGGCAGAAAGCAUGAGAUUGUGUUCUUUCUUUUGUAUAUGUAAAUUAAGAUGCAUGUGCUAUGCAGAUAUGUUUGAAGCCUAAGAGGUUUGGCGUUAAGCCCAGAA